AUGCGACCGGUACCUUACAGGAGCCGUCCUGGGGAGGAGCCUGGCCCCGCGCCCCGCCACCUCAGAGUUAAAUUGGAUUGGAAGCUUCAGAUGGCAGACCGACCCAGGUUGCCCGAAUCACCCACCGUUCCCUGGGCCGUCGGGUCCAUCAAAUCGAUCCAAUACACCAGCAGACAUUCUCUCCUGCACACCACCUGGCAGACCCCCGAGCAUGCUCUGGCCACCAUCACAUCGCUCAGUGCUAUUGAAUCACAGUCCUCUGCCAUGCCUUUUAUCUCGCCCGCCUCCUUUUACUACGCUUGA